UCCCGAGUAGCCUAGUUACAGUUUUGACUUAAAUUAGCUUGGGCCUCCCGAGUGGAGCAGCGGCCUAAGGCACUGAGUCGCAGUGCUUGAGGCGUCACUACAGACCCGGGUUCGAUCCUAGGCUGUGUCACAGCCGGCCAUGACUGGGAGACCCAUGAGGCGGCGUACAAUUAGCACAGGGUUGCCCGGGUUAGGGGAGCCCUGUGUCUUCUCCAGGUUAAGCGAGCAGUGUGUCAAGAAGCAGUGAGGCUUGGCAGGGUCGUGUUUCAGAGGACACAUGGCUCUCGAUCUUAGCCUCUCCCGAGACCGUACGGGAGUUGCAGCGAUGGGACAAUACUGUAUCAAACGAAAUUGGUGCGAUUUUUUUUUAAUCUAUGGCAUGGCAAGACUUAAAUGGUUGUCUAGCGAUGAUCAACAAACAAUUUGACAGAGGUUUGAAGAAUUUUCUGAAAAAUAAUGUGCAAAUAUUGUACAACCCAGAAAGACUCACAGCUCUUAGAGACUUACCCAGAAAGACUCACAGCUGUAUUCGCUGCUAAAGGUGAUUCUAACAUGUAUUGACUCAGGGCGUGUGAAUACUUAUGCAAAAGAGACAUUUCUGUAUUUCAUGUUCAAUAAAUGUACAAAAAUGUCUAAACAUGUUUUUCACUUGUCAUUAUGGGGUAUUGUGUGUAGAUGGGUGGGAAAUCAAUUUAAUCAAAUUGAAUUCAGGCUGUAACAACAAAAUGUGGGGUAAGUCAAGGGGUAGAAUGAGUGGUUAUGUUAUGCUGUUUUUAAUAGUAGUGUGACUGACUAUUGUUAUGAAAUUAAAUCAUAUUUAUCAAACAACGUCCUGUGAAGUGAUGUGUCUGUAUUGUAGCCUGCGGUGUUAUUUAUGCAUGACCGCCGCGACACAAAACCUCCGCCCUGCCUGCCUGCCUGCCUGCCUGCCUGCCUGCCCGGCCGACCCAAUGAUUUAAGACACGCCACGCCCCGUGCUCAGCCAGAAAACACACACACACACACACACAGACACACACACAGACACACACACACACACACACACACACACACACAAGAGAGAGAGAAAGAGAAAGAGAGAGAGAGAGCGUCCGUUAAUCUAUGAGAUGCUAUAAGGUGAUUAUUGUAUCGGAGGCUCUGGAUAUAGGACCGUCUCAAAGAUGUCAUGGUGCCCUCCAUACCGUAGUUCUAAAUUCCGUCACGUCUACGGUAAGGCCUCCACCAAAGAUCACGGUUACCACGGAAUCCCGAUCACACACAGCGUCCAUGACAACCACUACUGCUCCGUCAACCCACGCUUCAUUGCCAUAGUAACGGAAUGUUCCGGGGGCGGUGCUUUCUUGGUCCUCUCCAUCCAUCACACUGGUAAAGUAGACCCCCACCACCCCAGGGUGUGUGGUCACAGUGCCAGGGUGUUGGAUGUCAAGUGGAAUCCCUUUGAUGACCACUGCAUCGCGUCCUGCUCUGAAGACUGCACUGUAAAGCUAUGGGACAUCCCAACCAAUGGUGUCCAUCAGAACAUGACCCUCCCUAGGAAGGUGCUUCAGGGUCACAGCCGCAGAGUCAACCUGAUAGAAUGGCACCCUACUGCUAGGGAUCUACUGGUCAGCUCAGCCUACGACUACAAGGUGAUGGUCUGGGAUGUGUCAGUGUGCGACUCAGUGCUGAGGAACCCAGUAUGUGUUAUAUCUCUUCAUACUGAGCUGGUUCUCUCCAUGUCCUUCAACAAUGACGGCAGCUCUCUAGCUACCACCAGCCUGGACAAGAAGAUCCGAGUCAUGGACCCACGCACUGGACGCCUCAUACAGGUGUCCAGCAGUAAACACCACAGGGCCAAUAAGGUGGUGUUUAUAGGAGACCAGAACAUGCUGUUUUCUACUGGCAGCUCACCAUGGAACCAAAGACAGAUCACAUUGUGGGAUCCAGAUGAUCUGUCAGAGCCGCUGUCGGAGGAGGAAGUGGAUGGAGCUGCAGGAGUUCUCUUCCCAUUCUACGACCCUGAUACACACAUCCUCUACCUGGCUGGCAAGGGGGAUGGUAACAUUAGGUAUUAUGAGAUCAGUUCUGAGAAGCCCUACGUUCAGUUCCUCACUGAGUAUUACUCCCUACUGCCUCAGAAAGGAUUGGGGGUCAUGCCGAAGCGCGGUCUGGACGUGAGUUCCUGUGAGGUGUUCCGGUUCUACCGCUUGGUGACCGUUAAGGACCUGGUCGAGCCGCUCUCCAUGAUCGUCCCUCGCAGGUCCCCAAAGACCUUCCAGGAUGACAUCUUCCCCAUGACAGCGGGCAACGAGGCGGCCCUGACGGCUCAACAGUGGCUCUCAGGGAUCAAUAGAGGCCCGGUGCUGAUGUGUCUGAAACCUGGCACUAACGUAGCCAACCCCUACCCAGAGACCCUACCCAGGAGGGGGCUGAGCAGCUUCCAGAGUGGGGGACCAGGAGAGACUGGAUCCACGGAGCAGGCCUUCCUCCAGGAGCAGCUAGCCUACCAGGACGCCAAGUACCCAAGGGAAGUGGCUGAUCUGUCGGGCUGGCAGCCAGACGAGACCCAGGCUCCGGGUUGGGCCUACACUCCCCACUGUUGUGAGCCCUCAGAGUGCCCUCCACCCAGGACAGAGAGUGAGCUCCUACAGGCAUUCUACAGACAACAAGAGGAGAUCAGGGGACUGAGAGACCAGCUCAACCAGAAAACGGUCCAGAUCACACAGCUGGAACUGGAGAUAAAGAACACCAGAAACCACAUGAGAGCCACCUUCUGAAUGAUUCAACCAAUCACAUUAGAAGAGCCUUCUGAAGCAACCAAUCACGUGGGAGCAGCUUUUGGAAUCAACCAAUCACAUGAGAGCCACCUUCUGAAUGAUUCAAUCAAUCAAAUUAGAAGAGCCUUCUGAAUCAACCAAUCACGUGGUUGCAGCUUUUGGAAUUAACCAAUCACAUGAGAGCCACCUUCUGAUUCAACCAAUCACAUGAGAGCCACCUUCUGAUUCAACCAAUUUUUGUAUUUUGUAUUUAUUAAGGAUCCCCAUUAGUUCCUACCAAGGCAGCAGCUACUCUUCAUGGGGUCCAGCAAAAUUAAGGCAGUUAUAUACAAUUAAAAACAUUACAAUACAUUGUGUUCCCUCCGUGUACGUUUAAGGGCCAGCCGUGCUGUAUUUUUCAUCUUUGUGGCACCUGACCACACGACUGAACAGUAGUCCAGGUGCGACAAAACUUGGGCCUGUAGGACCUGCCUUGUUGAUAGUGUUGUUAUGAAGGAAGAGCAGUGCUUUAUUAUGGACAGACUUCUCCCCAUCUUAGCUACUGUUGUAGCAAUAUGUUUUCACCAUGACAAUUUACAAUCCAGUGUUACUUCAAGCAGUUUAGUCUCCUCAACUUGCUCAGUUUACAUGUUAUUCAUGACAAGAUUUAGUUUAGGGUUUAGUGAAUGACUUGUCACAAAUACAAUGCUUUUAGUUUUUUUUUAUAUUUAGGACUAAAUUAUUUUUUUGCCUCCCAUUCUGAAACUGACUGCAGAUCUUUGUUAAGUGUUCCAGUGAUUUCACUUGCUGUGGUAGCUUACAUGUAUAGUAUUGAGUCAUCAGCACACAUAGACACACUGGCUUUACUCAGAGCCAGUGGCAUGUCGUUAGUAAAGAUUGAAAAAAGUAAGGGGCCUAGACAGCUGCCCUGGGGAA